AUGCCGCCACCGUGGGCGACCAACCCUGCUCCCAAGACUGAAUCAGCCCGCGAAGCAGCCAAAUCCUUUUUCUGCGAUCUCUGCCAGAAGGGCUAUAGUCGGAUCAACGAGUUCGAGGCACAUGAGGGCAGUUAUGAUCACCAGCAUAAGAAGCGCCUCAAGGAAAUGACGCGCCUAACCCGCGCCACGGGCACCGCCUCGACCAGCAAAUCCGACGACCCCUCCUCCAUCUCCAUCAAACCCAUUUCUCUCGGCUCAGCCACCGGUGCCGGCAAGACUGGUGGCGCUGGGUUCAAGAAAGGCGGAUUCAAGAAGAAUGCUUUUGCUGCUUCCGAGGACGAGGUGAAGACUGUAGUUGCCGGGGGAGGGGAGGGGGAUAAGGGGGAUAAGGGGGAUAAGGGGGAUAGGAUGGAGGUGGAUGAUGUGCAGGGGGAGGGGAAUGGCAAGGGUAGUGAGCAGGAAGAGUGGGAGAGGUGGGGAGAUUAUGAUCCUAGGAGACCUACGGGGUGUGAGCUGGAUCAUUCAGGCGAAUGGAUGCACUCAUUGUGA